CAGUUUGCAGAAACCUGGGAGCGCGGCUGCAAGCUCAGUGAGAGAGGAGGGAGCCGUGGAGGGGCCCUUGGCACCUUCCCAGCCUGCGCACAGAUGCUGCGAGCCCUGACCAGUGUCCGGCGCCUUCCACGUCCCUGGAGAUCCCUUCAGACCCGCAGCUGCGCCUCCGAUGGGGCGGCUGCGGACCCGGAGAUCCAAGUGCGCUCCCUGGCGGGUCCCGACCAAGGAAUCACGGAGAUUCUGAUGAACAGACCAAGUGCCCGCAAUGCACUGGGGAACGUCUUGGUCCGUGAGCUUCUGGAAGCUCUGUCCCAGCUGCGGGAGGACCAGCAAGUGCGUGUUCUGCUAUUCAGAAGUGGAGUGAAGGGUGUGUUCUGCGCAGGUGCAGACCUGAAGGAGCGGGAGCAGAUGAGUGAGGCGGAAGUGGGCGUCUUUGUCCAGCGACUCCGAGGCCUGAUGAAUGAGAUUGCAGCCUUCCCUGCGCCCACUAUUGCAGCUAUGGACGGGUUUGCCUUGGGUGGAGGCCUGGAACUUGCCCUGGCCUGUGACCUCCGAGUAGCAGCAGCUUCCUCAGCUGUCAUGGGGCUGAUUGAGACCACCCGAGGGCUCCUCCCAGGAGCAGGUGGGACUCAGAGGCUGCCUCGAUGUCUGGGGGUGGGCCUGGCAAAGGAGCUCAUCUUCACAGGCCGAAGACUGAGUGGUACACAGGCCCAAGACCUGGGGCUGGUGAACCACGCUGUUCCCCAGAAUGAGGAGGGCAAUGCUGCCUACCAUCGGGCAAGAGCACUGGCUCAGGAGAUCCUGCCCCAGGCACCCAUUGCUGUGCGGUUGAGCAAAGUAGCCAUUGACAGAGGAAUGGAGGUGGACAUCACAUCAGGGAUGGCCAUUGAAGGGAUAUGCUAUGCCCAGAACAUCCCCACCCAGGACCGGCUAGAGGGCAUGGCAGCCUUCAGGGAGAAGCGGCUCCCCAGAUUUGUCGGCAAAUGACUCCCAUUUAACUUUAAGUAUGGGAGAUGCAAGCCUUCAAGGGCAAGAUCCACACAGAUAAUUUGCAAUAUGACUGCUCUCAUCAUUUCACCUCUCUAGCCUUAGUUUCCUCACAAGGACAAUGAUAGAUAUGAAGCAACUGGCAUGGAAUCUGAUACCAAGGUAUUUACCAUGCCACCUACUGCUACCUUCAUUAUUCCUCAUUCUGGCUAGGUAAUCACUGGGGUCAAGUUAGCUUUGGAGAAUCUGUCUUUCACUAUUCAAAUGGUAAACUAAGGAUUAAAAUAGACCACUCUGGGUCUUUAUAUUAUUGACUCUCA